AUGAUUAUUUUGAUCAUUAAGCAAACGAUAACAACUCAGAAAAAGUUAGCGAUAGCCGGUAGUGAUCUCGAAUUGGAUAAGCAUAUGGUCAUUGAGGUUAAAAAAGAACAGAAUGGUUCGAAGGAUUUGAAGAGGUCAGAAAGUAAUAAAGAACGGGAAGCUGCGCCAAAAGUAGAAAGUAAGCAAAUGGAUGAGAAGGAUAAAGUGGACAAAGAAGAUGGGAAGAAAGAAAAAAGUGAUGGAAAAGAAGAAAAAAGUGGGAAGAAGAAAAGGAAAAGUGGGAAAAAGGAAGAGAAAAGUGAGAAGAAGGAAAGGAAAAGUGGGAGGAAGGAAAGGAAAAGUGGGAAGAAGGAAAGGAAAAGUGGGAAAAAGGAAGAAGAAAGUGAGAAGAAGGAAGAGGAGGAUGAAAAUAAGAAGGAGAAGAGUGAAAAGAAGAAAGAGAAAGGUGAAAAAGGGGAAAAGAAAGAGAUGAAAGAAGCCUCAGUGAAGGAAGAAGGUGAUAAGAAGACGGAGAAGGAUGAGAUGGAAGGAAGCAAAAAAAGUAAGAAAGAGAGCGAUAAGAAGUCUGAUGAAAAGGAAAGUAAGGGAAGUGAGGCUGGCAAGGAUAUUGCCGUUGGAAAAGAAAGUGAAAAUAAGGAAAGUUCAAAGAAGGAAGAAGAGGAGAAGGAGAUGGGACAAAAGAAAGAAGAGGGGGAGAAGGAGGAAAAGAAGGAAGAAAUUAAGGAAGAUAAGGAGGAAGAGGAUAAAAAGGAAGGUGAGAAAGAGGGAGAAGGAAAGGAUGAUAAGAAGGAGGGUGAGAAGGAAGAGGAUGAGAAGAAAAAGGAGGAGGAAAAAGAAGAGGAUGAGAAGAAAAAGGAGGAGGAAAAGGAAGAGGAGGAGAAAAAAGAGCAGGAAAAAAAGAAGGAAGAAGUAACGUUUGAACCGAAAGAGCUUAAGUUCACAGAGAAUGGCGGCACAGUAAAGUUUACCACUAAGAAUACUUCUGACAAACGACAAGCCAUUAAGAUAAAAUGUUCGGACAACGAGAUAUAUCGAGUAAAUCCAGUGUUUUCCUUUGUGGAACCAGGCGCAGAACAAACUGUUGAAGUGAUACGACAAGCUGGUAAUCCAAAGAUCGACAAACUCGUACUCGUACAUACACCGGCAGAAGAAGGCGAAACGGAUGCUCCACCCCUGUUCAAGAGACCAAUUACCUAUUCGAAUUUUACAAUUCCAAUGCUAGUGGCAUGA